ACGCACCAUUAAAACAGAUAAGAAGAAGUGAAACAUGGCUGAGAGUGAAGUUGGUGACAGGUCUGGCUCUAGCCAUUCAACAGCCAAUGAUGACCAUCCAGGGGAAACCGUAUCCCUGAAACCAGCUGAGGAUGGAGGCCCGGAGACUCCUGCAGCCCAGCAGGACCAGGACCUCAGAAGCAUCCUGGCCACCAGCGUGUUGAACCUGGAAGAGCUGGACGUGGACCUGUACAGAGGGACGCACCACUGGGUGCCCCGCAGUCAGCGUCUGUUUGGGGGUCAGAUAAUCGGUCAGGCCCUUGUAGCUGCUGCCAAAUCAGUCAGCGAUAAUCUCUAUGCCCAUUCCCUCCACUGCUACUUUGUACGAUCAGGGGAUCCUAAGGUCCCCGUGCUGUACCAGGUGGACCGCACCAGAGACGGACGCAGCUUCACGGUGCGCUCUGUCAGGGCCAUCCAACACGGACAGCCCAUCCUCAUCUGCCAGGCCUCCUUCCAGAUGCUGCAGCCGAGCCCGCUGCAGCACCAGUUCACCAUGCCGGUGGUCCCCCCGCCCGAAGACCUCCUCACUGUGGAGGAGCUGAUCCGCCUUUAUCUCAGUAAACCAGACCUGGCAGAGAAAUAUAAACUAGGCCUGAACAAACUGCUGGCCAACGAAGUCCCCAUCGAGAUAAAGCCGGUCGACCCCCCAGUCUUUUACAAACUCACAGCGAGUGAGCCGAAGAAGCUGUUCUGGGUGCGAGCUCGAGGACAUAUUGGUGAGGGAAACAUGAAGUUGCAUUGCUGCGUUGCCGCUUACGUGUCAGACUUUGCCUUCCUGGGCACGGCACUGCUGCCCUAUCCCGGCUACAGGGCUCAGUUCGCCGCCUCCCUGGACCACGCCAUGUGGUUCCACAGCACGUUCCGCAGCGACGAGUGGAUGCUGUACGAGUGUGAGAGCCCCUGGGCAGGCGGCAGCAGGGGAUUGGUCCAGGGCCGGCUGUGGAGGAGGGACGGGGUGCUGGCUGCCUCGUGUUCCCAGGAGGGGGUCCUGAGAGUCAAAGCAGUCACACAGCCCAGCAAACUAUAAGCACAUUCAUCAGAUUUAAAUGAAUCAUAUAACUGUAUCUUGAGCUGUAUACAUAAGUGUGUAAUUUUAUUAUUAGUAUUAAAAAAAAUGUAAUAUAUUUUUGAAUUCCAGUCAAUAAAUAAUGAAAAUGUUAGAAUGGGUGAACGCUUGUAAUUUGUUUUCCAUAGCCACAAAAUGUCUCUGCAUGUUCACUCAUAGUUGUUUGUGAAAUUAAACCAUGUGUAGUUAAAUUCUACUGCAAAGACUUGGUUGUUAUCUUGCAUGUUGUCACUGGUACCACCGUUUCUAAAUGUCGAAAAGGUCCAACAAAGUUGUCAUCAGGAUGGAAUAGCGCCUAUCAUGCAAAAAGUCCUUUCUGUAGCUCUUAUAACGAUUCGGGAAAGCUAAUGCAACCUUCUCUGUAGUUUGAAUCUCAAGGUUUGUUUGCACAGCUAAUGAAAUGAAGCACUUUAAAGUGGGACUGGAUUAGGACAUUCAACAAAAUAAACAAUUUGAUCCAGCAACGUAGACUUAAAUUAGAGCA